AUGGCGGGGACGUGUCUGAGGACCAAGCACUCGGGGCUACUGCAGCUGGAGGACCCCAGGUGUAACGGGCGCUCAGCGCUUCGGGUGCCCUCGGCUGACCCGGCGCCCGGCUUCCCGUGCCAGGCUGCGCAGACCCACGAAAACUUUCCCUUACCGCCUCCUCCACCCCUGGGGGACUGUGAUGACUCAGAGGAGGGCGCCCUUGGAGGCCCCUUCCCGCCGCCCCCUCCCCCCAUCGAUGAGCUUUUCCCCUCUGCGCCCCCCGACGAUGACAUCUUCCCGGCCCCACCCCCCCCAUUGGAGGAUGAGGGAGGGACUGAGGCGACCCCAGCGUUGCCUGUUCAGCCCAGGGAGAAGGUGAGCAGCAUUGACCUGGAGAUGGACUCGCUCUCCUCCUUGCUGGACGACAUGACCAAGAAUGACCCCUUCAAGGCCAGGGUGGCCUCUGGAUACGUACCCCCACCCGUCACCACAUCACCAUUCAUCCCCAAAGCCAGCCCUAGACCUGCAACUGGGGGCGUAGCACCCCUGCCUCCGUGGAAGACCCCACCUGGUUCCCAAGCCCCAGCCCCCGUCCCGGCCCCUUCCCCUCCCCAGAGCCAGACACAGGUCUCUAUCCCCUCCCAGGCCUGGCCCAAGGUCCAGGUCCAGGUUCAGCCCCAGCCUGUGCCCCCAACCCAUAUCCAGCCCCGAGGUCCCCCAGCCCCUCCCAAGUUUUCUCCAGCGGCCCCCAAGUUCCCUGUGACCCCCAAGUUCAGCCCUGGAACCCCAGGUGGACUGUCGUCCCAGGCCAGUCAGAAGCUGGGGCCCCCUGAAGCACCCUCUCCUGUGGGUGCAGGCUCCCCCCAGCCCCCUAGUGUCACCUUCGCACAGCAUAGGGAGAAGCCCCGUGUCCAGGAAAAGCAGCCCCCAGUGCCCCCACAGCCGGCUCCAAAUCAGGUCCGUGCCUCUGGGACCCCUGGAGGCCCUGGCCCCCUGACGCUGAAGGAGGUGGAAGAACUGGAGCAGCUGACACAACAGCUGAUGCAGGACAUGGAUCAGACUCAGAGGCCGGGCGCGGCCCCCAGCGAUCUCUGCGGCCGCUGCCACCAGCCGCUGGCCCGAGCCCAGCCUGCUGUCCGAGCGCUGAGCCAGCUCUUCCACAUCACCUGCUUCACCUGCCACCAGUGUGCCCAGCAACUGCAGGGCCAGCAGUUCUACAGCCUGGAGGGGGCUCCCUACUGUGAGGGCUGUUAUACAGACACCCUGGAGAAGUGCAGCACGUGUGGGCAGCCCAUCACGGAUCGCAUGCUGCGGGCCACCGGCAGGGCCUACCACCCACACUGCUUUACUUGUGUGGUCUGUGCCUGCCCCCUGGAAGGGACGGCCUUCAUUGUGGACCAGGCCAAUCAGCCCCACUGUGUCCCCGACUACCACAAGCAGUAUGCCCCGAAGUGCUCUGUGUGCAGCGAGCCCAUCACACCAGAGCCUGGCCGGGAUGAGACCGUGCGGGUGGUGGCACUGGACAAGAACUUCCACAUGAAGUGCUACAAGUGCGAGGUGCUCGCCUGGCUUCCUGGGUGCUGGGGUGGGCUCACC